GUCAGUACAGUUAGCAAGUGUAAUAUAACUCACUCAAACUAUUGUCUGUCGUUGCUAAAGAUCACAUAAACACGUAUCGCGAUGUGGCAGCGGUUUAAUAUAAAAGCCGUAUCUGUUACAUUUGAGCCUCUGAGCUUGGCACCAGCUGUGAUACACAUCUGGCAGUUAUACCUCUGUGUCUAGUGAAGUGCCAGCCCACAAAUACAGCAUGUCCUCCCAGGAAGAAGAUGGGACUGCAGAGCCGGGCCAUAACACUGCGGGACCAUCCACUUGCUCCUCCACUGAGAAUGAUGAGACCACUGGAGACAUCAUCACUGUCACCAUUGGAGCAACUGUGCCCACAGGGUUUGAGCACACUGCUGCAGAAGAGGUCAAUGAGAAGAUUGGGGUUGAUGCACGAAUCAGCAAAGAUCGUGGUCGCAUAUACUUUCCAAUAACCACUGACAAGCUUUUUCAGGUCCAUCUUCUGAGGUCUGUGGACAACCUAUUUGUUGUGGUUGAGGAAUAUGAUCAUUACCAGUUCAAAGAAUCAAAGGAGGAGACAUUGAUGGAGAUGCAGCAGCUUGCCUCCAAACUCCCCUGGACUAAUGCCUUAGAGGUUUGGAAACUAAAUGGCGCCCUAAAAAAGAAGAAGGGCUACCGGAAAGGAGGAAAUGGUACCAAAGUAAAACCUAAUAGUGAGGCCGCUGAUGCAGCCGUUGCUGAUACUGAGCAGCAAGAGCUACCGCUGGCGGCGUCUGCUGCUGAAACCCCGACAAAGGCGGAGAGCACAGCUGACACGGAGACCAGCACGCAGGACACCGAGGAGACAGCACCCGAGGCCAAACCCAUCAAGUUUCGUGUGACGUGCAACAGGGCUGGUGACAAACACAGCUUUUCCUCUAACGAGGCAGCCAGAGACUUUGGUGGGGCCGUGCAAGAAUUCUUCCUGUGGAAAGCAGACAUGACAAAGUUUGACAUAGAGGUGUUACUAAACAUACACAAUGAAGAGGUGGUGAUCGGCAUUGCACUCACAGAAGAGAGUCUUCACAGGAGAAACAUCAGUCACUUUGGACCCACUACUCUGCGGUCUACCUUGUGCUAUGGCAUGCUCAGGCUGUGUAAACCUCAGGCAUCCGAUAUAAUACUUGAUCCAAUGUGCGGGACUGGAGCUAUACCAUUGGAGGGGGCCAUUGAAUUUAACAGUUCAUUCUACGUUGCCGGUGACAACAAUGACAUGGCAGUUAACCGCACUGUCAAUAAUAUAUGUCACAUCCAGAAACGGAGGGCAGUCAAGGGCAGUGCAUCUGGAUUGCCUAUUGACACAGUGCGUUGGGAUCUGUGCAAUUUACCCAUAAGGACCGGCUCUGUUGACAUUAUCAUCACUGACAUGCCCUUUGGGAAGAGAAUGGGCUCUAGGAAGAAGAACUGGGACCUGUACCCUUCCUGUCUGAGGGAAAUGGCCCGUGUGUGCACACCAGGCUCAGGAAAGGCUGUCUUGUUGACGCAGGACAAGAAAUGCUUGGCCAAGGCUAUCUCGAGGAUGGGAGGGCUGUGGAGGAAGCUGCACACUGUUUGGGUCAACGUUGGGGGUUUACAUGCUGGAGUCUACCUCCUCAAGCGAACCGGGGCCGUGUUUGGCCAAACUCCGGAGGAUGUCUAUGAAUCACGAGGGACGGUUAAUGCAAAAGGGGAUGAGAAGGGUGACAAGGAGCUCUCUUAAUUCCCAUCCUGCAUUUAGGUUCUGAAUUUAUAUUUAAGGCCAUUAAGGAUUGACAUUUUUUAUACUUUUUAUUUUUUUCAGAUUCUCUGGUCAAGUUUGCCAAGCAUUUGUGUGUAAUUUUUUGUUUCUCAUUUAGUUUAAUGUGAAA